AACUUAGCAUCUUCAAUGAGGGCCUUGUGUUGGAGAACGGAUUCAAGAGUGGAUAUGGGACAUUAUUGCUUUGGGAAGGUGCUCUCUCACAUGGAUAUUACCCACACCUUGGAGAUACCAAAUGCGGCAAAUUAUUUACCUGGUCACAAUAGUGCCAACAUGUUUGUGUGGGAUAAUAGUGGAAGACCUUGGAACCUUCACAUGAUAAUAAGGAGAGAUCAGAGAAAGGCCUUGAGACGAGAAGAAUGGCUUCGUCUAGUAAGGGAAAAUGAACUGGAGGAGGGUGAAACAGUGACGUUUUACUACAUUCCCGCUUGCAAUUCAUACUUUACAUUGUGGAAUUUGAAGGCGCUAACCACGUUCGGGCUCUGCAGCUCUUUCCUCUUAACUAAGACAAGGACUCAAGGAGGGACCUGCAACAAGAACAUGCUUUUAUUUUUAGUUUAUGUAACAUGAUGUAUGUGUGCUUUGUCUUCUUCUUCUUCUUCUUCUUCUUCUUCUUCUUAAAAAAAAUAAAAAAAAAUCCAAGUGCUAGAAGAUUGAUGUCAGUUCUUGUUGAUGAGUCCGACCAAUUACUAUAUUAUCAAUCAAUGAAUCUGCUUGUGUUAUUAU